AUGUCAAUGGAACUAGAAAUGGAUGACGACUCGUUGCUUAUUGAUCAAAGCGAUAUAUUCAUUUCCCAUGAAUUACCUUCUCUUUUGGAAGAUGAUUGUGGGUUAUUGUAUAACGAAAAUUAUUGUCUCUUUGAAAGGGAAGGAACCUCUGAAAGUGUAGAGGAGGAAUUUUCUCUACACUCUCGAUCUUCGUCUUCCUCAACAUUCUCCAACUAUCACCUUCAGUCCGGCGGUAAAGAGGAUAUUGUAGACACUGAAUUUGGCCCCUUUUACUUGGAACAGCCUAAGCUACCCCCGCUCUCAAGUGUUUUACACAGGAGCAUGAAGUACGAAAUACAUGAAAGUGGUACUACUGACGACUUGAUCGAGGAAGGUAACCUGCUUGCUGACAUGUUACCAAGCUAUAGUGAAAGUCAAGCUAAGUUUAUGGAAAUUUCAGGAAGCUGGACAUUAGAUCUGUAUGAAAACACAUUUUUCGAUAACGAGAAGAGUAGCUUAGUUGAUGGUGAAUUAGCAAUCAGAUCCAACGAAUGGAGUGAUAUACCAAGAAAAUGCAAGAAGCAUAUUAACUACAGUAGUGAGUACUCCAGUGAGAGAGUUGAUAAAAGAAGGAACCCAAUCCAAAGUGAAUCAGAAGUUGAAGAAGAAGGAGAAGGAGAAGGAGAUACCCGCAACACUUUAUCGGUUGAAGUCUUCAAAACCAAUAAGAACAUCAUGGUAACCAUUCGGUAUAUGCCGCUCACAUACUUGUGCCAUAAAAAGAAGAAAAACAAGCUUCCAAAGCGCUAUAAAGUAACUUCAAUGGUGAAAGAUUCCUUAGUCAAUAUACCAGAAUUAAGAUCAAUCAAUGCAAUGAAAUGUGAUCCCGCAUAUCAGCUUUUGGAUCAUGAAAAUGCUAAGAAUAACCUUCUAUCUCUAAUAGAGAAAAGAAAGUCCAAGCGUUUGUACUACUCGAGAGUAAAUAUAAAUGAAUUGGCAAUCUUGCUUGAUUUACAAGAUUAUAAAAUUGAUCUAACUGCAGAAAUAGAAGCCAACGUUUUGAGAAUAUUCAAGGAUUGGUGCGGGUAUGCAUUAGGGUAUUGCUCUUGGGUGAGAGAUACAAAGGAAAAGGAAAGAACAGCAUAUAUUGACAAAUUGUAUCAAUAUACUAGAUUUUGCUAUCCCGAGCUUAAUAGGCCCCAGCUUGAAAUUAUUAUCAAAAGGGGUACUUAUAACGUAAUGCAAGGGAGAUUGAGAAAAGAUAGAAGGAGGUCCUAG